AUGUAUCUUAUUUUAUCUGUUAAUACAUUCAAAGAUAUUUCCGACAAAUCAACUGAUUCAGUAACAACAACAGAAACAAAUUCAUCUGAUGAUACAUCAGUAUCAGCAUCAUCACGGUAUGAAUUAGCAAUUGUUCGUCUUAAUGCAUAUUGUUCAAGAUUAAAAGAUCAAGUUGAAGAAUUAACAACACAAUUGACUGAAAAUAAAUUAGCUCAAAAAUAUUUAAAUAAUGAACGAGAUAAAUAUAUACAAAUUUAUGGUCGUACACAUGAACAUUUUGUUGCAUUUGAAAAAAAACAAUUGGAACAAAUGCGUCGUUUAUUAACAAUAUUAACAUCUGAUCAACAUAAACUUUUAACAGAAAUUAUUCCACCAAAAGAAAAUGCAACUGACUCAUUGCAAACACAACAAUCUACGACUAAUUCUUCAACAGUUGAUGAUUCUCAAUUAGAAGAAUCUUCACAAGAUUCAAAAGCAACUAAUAAUGAUGAUGAUACUAAAUUACAUGCCGCACGUUAUCAUAAAACAGAAGCCGAUUGGAACGAGUUGCUCGCACAGAUAAGUCAAAUAAUGGAUUUAUCUCAAAAAUUUUGCGAUAAAUGUUCACAACAACAUGAUGAAAAUAAUAAAUUACGUUUAUUAAAUACUCAAAAACAAGAUGAAAAUGUCAAAUUAUUGUUCGAUAUAUCAUUAGCCAAAGCUGAACAAGAAAAAGAACAACAAAUACGUAUUCAACUUGAAAAACAAUUAUCAGAUACAAAUACAAUUAUUGAACAAUUAACAAAUUUAAAAACAAAAACAGAAAAAAAUGAAGCAGAUUUUCGUGAUAUGAAAUCUCAUUAUGAUAAUUUAUUUGCUGAACAAGUUAAUAAUAUAAAAAAACUUGUUAAAGAACGUGAAUUAUUACAUUUAUAUAUUCAACGAUUAGAAAUGGAAAAUGCAUCACUUGUUACAAUAACAAAUGAUAAUGAAACAGUGAAAUUAUUAACCUAUUCAUCACAAUCACCAACAACCCAUGAAGAAGCUUGGGGUUUAAUCGUUAAAUUACGUGAACAAAUAAUUCAACAAUUAAAAAUGAAAGAAAAAUUAAAAAAUGAUAUUCAACAAUUACAACUUAAUCAUAAAGCUGAUAUAAAUGAACGUGAACAAAUUGAACAAUUACUUAAUAGAGAUUUAAAUUCAGCUAAAGAUGAAAUUAUUGUUUUACAAAGUUUACAAACUGAAUAUGAACGUGUGAUGAGUUUAAAAAAAGAUCUUGAAAAACAAUUAGAUGAACGUGCGAAUGAAUUAAAAACAACAAAAACUGUUGCAAAUUCAUUUACAAAUCAAUUAAAAGAAAAACUUGAACAAAUUACUGAUGCAAAGGCUCAUGUUGAUGAAGAUAAUGCUACAUUGCGUGUACAAAUUCAAAAAUUAAAAAUUGAUUUAGAAAAUAGUGAAUUAGUUCAGCAUGAUUUUGUUAAACUUUCUCAAUCGCUUCAAAUGCAAUUAGAAGAAAUCCGAAAUUCCGGAAAUCAGUUACGUUGGCAACCUGAAGAAGAUUAUCCUGAUUGUCAACGUUGUCAUUCACAAUUUACUGUUACUUGGAGGAAACAUCAUUGUCGUCAUUGUGGUAAAGUCCUGUGUAAAGAUUGUACUAAUAAAACUGUUUAUAGUGGUCCAAAUAAUCGCCCAUCUCGUGUAUGUGAUGUAUGUUAUACCUUACUUGUCAAAGAUUCUCAACCAUAUUUUCAUUCAUCUGUACCCGAUAUUUAA